GUUGUCGCCGCCUCGGUCGCCGUCUCCGCAGCAGCAGGAACCGAAGUCCCCGCCACCGCCGCCUGGGUCGCCGGUCGCCCGCGCGCUGGCUCGGCCGGGGCCCGCAGCCAUGGAGGACUUCAUCGUGAUCUCGGACGACAGCGGCUCCGAGAGCUCGGAGGGCACCCGCUCGGGCCGGGCGCGGAGGCUCCGCCGGGCCCUGUCCCGGACCCCCGGCGCGCUGCCCCGCCGGACCGUGAACAGGGGUCAAAAAUUAGAACCCAUCCCCCAUCGAAGACUAAGAAUGGUAACAAGCACCAUUGAAGAAAAUUUCCCCCUGGGGACGGUGCAGUUUUUGAUGGACUUUGUGUCACCCCAGCAUUACCCACCCAGAGAAAUUGUGGCUCACAUCAUCCAGAAAAUCCUGCUCAGUGGCUCUGAGACCGUGGAUGUCCUGAAGGAGGCCUACAUGCUCCUCAUGAAAAUUCAACAGCUCCACCCAGCUAAUGCCAAGACAGUGGAGUGGGACUGGAAGCUGCUCACGUACGUCAUGGAGGAAGAGGGACAGCAUCUGCCCGGGCGCGUCCUUUUCCUGCGUUACGUGGUGCAGACCCUGGAGGAUGACUUCCAGCACACCCUGAGGAAGCAGCGACAGCACCUGCAGCAGUCCAUCGCCAACACGGUGCUGUCCUGCGACAAGCAGCCCCACAAUGUCAGAGAUGUGAUCAAGUGGUUGGUUAAAGCGGUGACCGAAGGCGGAUUAACUCAGCCCCCAAAUGGGAGUCAUACCUGUUCGGGAACAGGCACCAUGAAGGCCAGCAGCAGCCACGCUUCUCCCCAGCCUGCUCUGACGAAGAACACCACUCAGGUGAUUGUGUGCCAGCUGCAGAGGAUGCUGUCCAUAGCCGUGGAGGUGGACAGGACCCCCACCUGCAGCUCCAAUAAAAUUGCCGAGAUGAUGUUUGGGUUUGUGCUGGACAUUCCGGAGAGGAGUCAGAGAGAGAUGUUCUUUACCACCAUGGAAAGCCACCUUCUGCGCUGCAAAGUAUUGGAGAUCAUAUUCCUGCACAGCUGCGAGACGCCCACCCGCCUGCCCCUGUCCCUGGCCCAGGCCCUCUACUUCCUGAACCAUUCCACGUCGCUGCUCAAGUGUCAGUCGGACAAAACCCAGUGGCAGACGUGGGAUGAGCUGGUCGAGCACCUGCAGUUUCUGUUAUCCAGCUAUCAACAUGUUCUCAGAGAGCAUUUACGGAGUUCGGUGAUCGAUCGAAAAGACUUAAUAAUCAAAAGGAUUAAGCCCAAGCCCCAGCAAGGCGAUGACAUCACAGUGGUGGACGUGGAGAAGCAGAUCGAGGCCUUCCGCGGCCGCCUGGUCCAGAUGCUGGGGGAGCCCCUGGUCCCCCAGCUCCAAGACAAAGUGCGCCUGUUGAAGCUCCUGCUCUUCUAUGCCGCGGACUUGAACCCCGACGCAGAGCCCUCCCCCGGGCACCGGAGCAGCCCGAGGUCCGGCCACGCCCUGAGCACCAAGAAUACCUCUUAACUGUACCGCCAACUACUUGCAAGUUCUCCAAGUAUGGAAAGUAGUUCAAGUCUUACAGGACCAAACCUAUCUUAUUUAUCUGUAGGUUAGAGUAACUUUCUAACUCUUUAGUAAAUACCUUUUUUAAAAUAAUCCUAUCCGAGCCUAUUCUCAAGUAUGGCUUAAAUAGACAAGGUGUAUAUAUUUUUUGAUAAAUUAUUUAUCUAUACUUUUUGAAACAGGUACUAUAUGCACUUACAUGUUUAACAUUUCCAUUCAGGAUAUGAAAAACAUCCUCUGAACAAAUCCUAGACAUCAAAUGUUUCUCAAGGUACUGAUGACCUGUUCUGAAAGAGAAAGACAAAUGUUUCUCCCCAAUGGAACACAAACAUCCAUAUUAGACCUGUUAUAUUGCCUAUGAAUUUGAUUUUGUGGCAAGUCUAUUAAGAUAUAAUGUAACGGGGAAAGGAUGGAAAGUUAGAAAUAAGAGGAUGAGUGUUAACAAAAAAUGUUAAAAGGAUACAAUAAAAAGGCAAUGGUUUUUCAAAA